AUGAGAUUUGUUACUGCGCUAUUUGCAGUGUAUUUUCUGACGCAAUGCAGCUGUAGGAGUUUUCUUAGGGACCCCAAACUCGAAGAUAAUGAAACGAAUCCUGUAGACUCAGCUCAACCAUUCACACUCAACAUCUCGAAGCCAGAUUCGACUAAUGUCGUGGUACUUGAGAAGGUAAAUGAGGACAUUACAUACCAACUCAUUUACCCAAGGACUGGUUUGGCCAUAACUGCUAUUGCAGAUGGCUAUAAAAAUUUGUGGACAUCUUCCUUUACCACGAAAUGUAUGAGUGUUCACGUAUACAAAACUGGAUACCUCACACUUCUUCAGGUCUAUACACUUGCAAACACUAAGCCUGAAUUCAAAUACUUUGAAAAAAUCGGAUCCAGAUGGGUAGCAAUUUCUGAGGAAUUCUUCGACAAGAGAUGGCUAUCCGUUGCUAGACAGGACUUUAACAGAAUCAUCAAGAAGAGCUUGACAAGCGAUUACUUUGUUCUUGACCUUUCUAACCCAGAUAAGAGUAGAGUGUUCACCACAGAGGCUCUAUAUAACGGACUAACAUACAAGGCGUUUUUCGCAAAUAUUGAUGAGACCAUUGCAAAGAUUGUUUUUGGUGAAGAUACUAUAUGGGAAGUUGGCUCUGGAAAGAAGGCUACCUCUGUACAUCUGUUCUCCAAGGGUGGUGAGGUUCGUUUGGUCGAGGUUGUAGUAGGCCCCAAGACCAACCAUACCUUCUUAUUCUUUGAGCAUAGCGGUGAAUGUUGGGUACCAAUUGAUGAAGCCACCUUUAACAGCAAGUAUAAUGAUCUCCUCAACGAUUCCUCAGAGUGGUUGAAAGAGAAUGUUUUCAAGGGUGUUUUCGGAAAGUUUACUCCUCUUCCAGGAAUUACCAUUGAUAUCGCCGCAGGAAGUAAUGAAAAUAUCGAUGUAGAAGAGAAUACUUUGAUGGGAGUUACUUACAAGUCGUACUCACCAAAGGUUGAUAGUUGCAAUUUCAGGAAGAUUGUGGACUCCGAAACUAACAUCUUGACAAUUCCAUCGAGUUACAAGUGUCUAUUUGUAGAAUCCUACACCAUUGGAAAGACCGUACUUUUGACCGUGACCCUAAAAGAUGGUGCAGUUUAUGAAUACGAAUACUUUGAGAAGAAUGGUGGUGCCUGGAGUGGUAUAACUCAAGACGAAUUCUCUGAGAAGUUCGCCAAAUAUGUUAAAUACAGCAGCUCAACCAAUACAGAUAUUGUCGUUAAUGUAGUCAUGCCAUCAAACGGUACCUACCAUGCCAGGGAAUAUAAAGAAAAGAACUACGAUGUUAGGUUUAUCUCCCCUGCCCAGGGAUUCGCUAUAGUGGCUCUUUACUAUGGAAGGAAAUUGAUUUGGGAAAGGGUAGAUCACGAGUAUUGCAGCUGCGCAACAUUUUUCAGAACUCUUGAACAUCACAUCUCUAACUUGAUAGUUGGUGGUAAGGAUCUCUAUUUUAAAGAAAUUGACGGUACCUGGUAUGGUAUACCUCAAGAUGAAUUCUUCGAUUUCUUCAAUGGAAUGAGCAAUCCUGAGCAAGAACCUGUUACACUUGAUAUUGCAAAUGUUGAUCUUGACAUUAUCAAGGUUUUCAAGUACAAUUUGAACACUGUUCCCAUGAUCAAAUACACCCCUAUUGAUGUAACCAUAAACAAGGUAACUGAGGGUGAUGCUACAAUCUGGUCUGGAUCUGAGAAUUGUACAGCCGUUUGGACUUGUUCUGCCAACGGAGAUUCUGCUUUCAAGUUACAAAUUAUAGACGCUGAUGGUAGGGAUAACUUCAUCUAUUUCGAAAAGGUGAAUAGUAUCUGGAAGCCAACAGACUUUAGCACCUUCUUCAAAAGGGUUGGUGAACUCACAGAAGGUGCUUCCAAGGUCAUCAAGGUCGAUGUUCUUUCCUCACAAAAGGGUUCAUUCACCAACACUGUCUACAAUGACUACGGCGUUGAGACCAGAUUGGUUUCACCUCUUGGUGGCUCCAAGAUUGCCGCCUUGUAUCACGGUGAGGAACGUGUUUGGGAAGGAAAGAGUGGUGAAUACUGCACUAGUGCCACCUUCUUCAAGAGAGGUAGCUUGUACGUUUGCUCAGUUGAAGCCGCUGGUAAGGAACUAUUCUUUGAGCAUUUUGACGGACAUUGGGUCCAUAUAGACGCUGAUACCUUCCAGGAUCGCUAUGGCAAGAUUUUCAUCUCAGGAAAGCUUUCAGAUAAAUCCUCCGUCAUCAAGGUUGAUGCCUCGGCUCCUCAGGAUGGUUCCUUCAAUAACGUCGUCUACAACGACUAUGGUGUUGAGACCAGAUUGGUUUCACCUUUCGCCGGAUUCAAGAUUUCUGCCCUGUACUAUGGCAACAGUUUGGUCUGGGAAGGUGCCAAGGACCAGUACUGCACUAUUGCCACCUUCUUCAAGAAGUAUGACAUGCACAUCUGCUCUAUCAUUAUAAAUGGCCAAAGAGAGGAGUUCUUUGAGAAUAUUGGUGGUAUGUGGGUUGAUGUUGAUGAGAAGGUAUUCUCUGAUGCUUACUUGAAGAUCCUCAGUGGCAAAGAGGCUGAAGAGCGCAAGGAGAUUGACAUUUACACUCUUGACAUUGCAUCCCUUCCAGAGGAGACUGAGAUCGUCAAGCCUCGUGAGAACAGCCCAUACACUUUCUCAAUUGUUGCUCAUGGUACCCCAAUCACCAAGGUUGUCGACGGAGAUUCUACCAUAUGGACCGGUUCCGAUGAGGAAUUCUGCAUCUCAUCUUCCUUCUUGUCUGACGGAAGGAAGAACUUGUUGGCCCAGAUAGCUGUAGAGGGACACAACGAGGAGACUGAGCUUCUCUACUUUCAGAAGAGAACAUUUGGAUGGUAUCAAAUUACCGAAGAGUUGUACGACUUUUUGAUCAAGAGACUCAACGUCGUUAACGAAGAUGGCUUCUUGACCACCUCCUAUGUUGUCCCACUCUUGUUUGCCGUUAUUUCUGGUAUCACAAUGCUUUAA